AUGGUGCUCUUUGACCUGGGGACAGAAGAAAAAACAAGUCAAACCGAACAAACCAAGGGCAGAAACAUUUGCCACCACGAGGCAAACACCAAAGAAACGGUGCAGACGGUCGCUAAUGAGGAAAAGACACCAGGAGCCACAGAUCUGAUUCCAUCACAACGUCAGUGGGCGCCACAGCAGCCCCUGAGGCCAGCGAAGAGCAGAUUGACCACCCUACAGGGACGACCACCACCACAUUCAGAGUUCAGCCGGAUCAGACGACCCUGCAGUAGAGAGGAGGAUUUUCAGACACAAGCCCAGGACCUGGAGGCCCGUUUCAAUGACCGACAGUACAAGCCAGAAUGGAUCACUAGUGCCAGGAGGCGCUUCGAGGGGUUGUGUUUAAAAGACCCCCCCAAUCUGAGAAACCUAUUGGUAAGGGCCCACCAUCCUCCCCAAUCAGACCAUUUUUUGCAUCAGAUCCCCCAGGGCAACUACAAGUGUGGUAAGUGUGCCCAGUGCAACUUCACCACAAAAACAAAGUCAUUCAAUCACCCUCUCACAGGGAAACCUUUGCACAUCAAGGGCGUGAUUACAUGCAAUACUAACAAUGUAAUUUAUAUGCUCAGAUUUCCCUGCGGGCUGGCCUACAUCGGGAAGACCACCAGGAGCCUGAAAACAAGGAUUGCAGAACACAGAUCCAACAUCCGUAACCACAACGACAAGAGCCCGGUGGCGAUACACUUCACAACGGCCAAGCACAACGUUUCCAGCCUGAGGUAUACAGGUAUUGAACAUGUCAAGUGCCCGAGUCGAGGGGGGGAUGUCAAUUCCUUAUUACUGAGGAGAGAAGCAUACUGGAUAUACACUCUGGGGACAUUGUCUCCCAGAGGAAUGAAUGAAGAUUUUGACCUGAGGCCUUUCCUGUGAACUGUACUAGCUCCUGAAGACUGUCUACCUGCUCUUCUAGAGCUCUCCUGUGACUCUUGCUGUGACUCUCUUGCUCCUUGGUGACUCGUGUCACUCGUUUUGCUACAAACUCUGCGGUGCCCUUACAUGCCUUGCUUCAUGGACUUAAAAUUGCAUGUAGGCUACCAGUGAAGAUAUAUUGUGACCACAUGAAUGGCUUACAACAAUUUUUUGAUGCCUAUUUUUUACCCAUUGUUGCUGUUAUCAGACUUGAAUACUGGCUAUUGCCAGUUUGUACAUAUUGGGGAUGGGGUAUGCACAGUAUUGUCAUUAUUGUUGUCUCGUCAUGUUUUCUGUUUUUUAUUUCUUUUUUAUUUUCUUUUUUAUUUCUUGGUUGUCUGUUGGGGUCCCUGAGUGUACAGUGUCACUUGUAUAUAGGGGGUGUCACUCUCAAUGUUUUUUGUACUUAAGGUCAUCAGCUUUGUAACUAUUUUGAUUAUUGAGAACAACUGUUUACACCUGCAAUGUGGGUCAUGUGAUCACCCGGAAAUUGUAUAUAUGGGGUGUGUUUUGUAUCUGUUUUCACGUCUGAAGAAGGGUGAUUACCCGAAACGUCACAGAAAACUUUUCUCUUUUUUUUGUCUGUUGGUUCGUCAAAAGACAAUGACGGACAAAUAUGAAAUUUGUUUUUUAGAUUAAAAAUGUACUUCUCCCUGAGAACUAUAUGUUUUGAACAAUGUGUUUUCUAUUUUCUGGUGUAUUGUUUACUGACUGCUUGAUAUCAUUUUGAUCACUAUGUUUAUGAUUUGAGAGCAGUGUUUGAUUUUGAGCACAAGUAAAACUGUUUUAAAGCGAAAGUUUGAUUUUGAGCACAGGUUAAACUGUUUUGAGGUGAAAGUUUGAUUUUGCAAGAGGAGUCAGAGGUUUUGUAUAUAGUGCUUGAAGCUGAGGUUUUAUGUUUAUAAUGUUUUAAGAAAACGGAGCAAGGUUUCCUUCACAAUGCACAAUGUUGAUGAUGGUUUA